AUGGACUGUAGGCCACCUGCCACCCUUCCGUCCCACCUGGCCGGGCCACCUGGCGCUGUGCACCGCCCAGUAGCCGUGUGUCAGCAGGAGAGCCUGUCCUUUGCGGACCUGCCCACCCUGCAGCCCCCCAGCCCUGUGUGUCUGGAUCUCUUUCCCGUCGCCCCGGAGGAGCUGAGGGCUCCUGGAAGCCGCUGGUCCCUGGGGACCCCUGCUCCUCUCCAAGGACUGCUAUGGCCACUGUCCCCAGCAGACCCAGACACCGAGGUCUCCACCGGUGGGGGCAUGCGGCCCAGCAGGGCCGGCAGCUGGCCCCACUGUCCCAGUGCCCAGCCUCCAGCUCUGGAUGGACCCUGGAGUCCUCAGCACCCACAGCCACAGCGCCGGGCCAGUCACGGCUCAGAGAAGAAGUCAGCCUGGCGCAAGAUGCGGGUGUACCAGUGUGAGGAGGCCCCCCACGCAGUCUUCCUGGAGCCUGGCCAGGCAUUAGAGCCGACCCUGAGCACAGAGGAGCCCAGGCCACUGGAGCUGUCUGGGCCCACGCGUGUGGGCAUCGAGGGGCCUGAGCGGAGGCGCUUCUCGGCCUCUGAGCUGAUGACCCGCCUGCACUCUUCCCUGCGCCUGGGACGAAACUCUGCCGCCAGGGCACUGGCCCAGGGGUCGGGCCCCGCAGCCUCCCGAGAAGGGAAAGCAACUGGAAGGGAGUCUCGCAGUAUAGAGAUGAGGGUGGACGGUGUGGUGAUGCCAGCCCCUGUUGACCCGAACGUGAGCCAUGGAGGCUGGCAGGAGCCCAGGCUGGACACGCAGGAAGAGCCGGCUCUGGGUUCCAGAAGCGGCAGAGAGCGGCGCCAGUCUAGGUUCCUCCUUAACUCCGUCCUCUACCAGGAAUACAGCGACGUGGCCAGCGCCCGCGAACUGCGGCGGCAGCAGCGCGAGGAGGAGGGCCCGGGGGACGAGGCGGAGGGGGGCGAAACGGUGCCGAGGCGUCUGAGGAGGUUCCGGAGGGUGGCGGGUGCGCAAGACAGUGUCACGGGGCGGCUGGUCCAGCCCUUUCGAGUCCCCUCCCCGUGCCCACCGUCUGUCCUCCCUCAGGCCAAGUUUGAGCUCAUCACGUCGGAGGCUUCGUACAUCCACAGCCUGUCGGUGGCUGUGGGCCACUUCUUAGGCUCGGCUGAGCUGAGCGAGUGUCUGGGGGCACAGGACAAGCAGUGGCUGUUCUCCAAACUGCCCGAGGUCAAGUGCACCAGUGAGAGGUUCCUGCAGGACCUGGAGCAGCGGCUGGAGGCAGAUGUCCUGCGCUUCAGUGUGUGCGACGUCGUGCUGUACCACUGCCCGGCCUUCCGCAGAGUCUACCUGCCCUACGUCACCAACCAGGCGUACCAGGAGCGCACCUACCAGCGGCUGCUCCUGGAAAACCCGAAGUUUCCCAACAUUCUGGCUCGCCUGGAGGAGUCUCCUGUGUGCCAGCGUUUGCCCCUCACCUCCUUCCUCAUCCUGCCAUUUCAGAGGAUCACCCGCCUCAAGAUGCUGGUGGAGAAUAUCCUGAAGCGGACAGCACAGGGCUCUGAAGAUGAAGACAUGGCCACCAAGGCCUUCAAUGCCCUCAAGGAGCUGGUGCAAGAGUGCAAUGCCAGUGUGCAGUCUAUGAAGAGGACAGAGGAGCUCAUCCACCUGAGCAAGAAGAUCCACUUUGAGGGCAAGAUCUUCCCGCUGAUUUCCCAGGCCCGCUGGCUGGUUCGGCAUGGGGAGCUGGCGGAACUGGCGCCUCUGCCCGCGGCUCCCCCUGCCAAGCUGAAGCUGUCCAGCAAGGCUGUCUAUCUGCACCUCUUCAAUGACUGCUUGCUGCUCUCACGGCGGAAGGAGCUGGGGAAGUUUGCUGUCUUUGUCUACGCCAAGAUGGCCGAGCUGCAGGUAAAAGACCUGAGCCUGAAGCUGCAGGGCAUCCCUGGCCACGUGUUCCUCCUUCAGCUCCUCCACGGGCAACAUGCAAAGCACCAGUUCCUGCUGAGGGCCCGGACGGAAAGUGAGAAGCAGCGAUGGAUCUCAGCCAUGUGCCCCUCCAGCCCCCAGGAGGACAAGGAGGUCAUCAGCGAGGGGGAAGAUCGCCCCCAGGUUCAGUGUGUCCGGACAUACAAGGCCCUGCAGCCAGAUGAGCUGACUCUGGAGAAGACAGACAUCCUGGCCGUGAGGACCCAGACCAGUGACGGCUGGCUGGAGGGGGUCCGUCUGGCAGAUGGUGAGAAGGGGUGGGUGCCCCAGGCCUACGUGGAAGAGAUCAGCAGCCUCAGCGCCCGCCUCCGGAACCUCCGGGAGAACAAGCGGCUCACAAGUGCCACCAGCAAACUGGGAGAGCCCCCCGCUUGACGGGCACGAGGGUCUGGGACCGCAGCUCCAUGCCCGACUCCUGGACAGGUCUGGAGGAGGCCUGCAGCAUCUCUGGGCUGCAGCCGCGGCAGCUGAGACUUGUGUUCUGUGGCCCUGCCAUCGAGAGUCCACGGAGAUGUGCUCGAAAAGGUCUCCCCUGUCCUCACAUCUCGUGUCCACUCUUAGGACUGAAGGUAGUGUCUUCUCUGGCGUGGGGUCACAGCAGGUGGCCUCUGUUUCUGCCAAGGACAGGCGUCCUCUCCCUUUCACGUGGACUCCUAGUCCUCCGAGCAGGGGUCCGGCCGGGGAGGCCCUGCUGUGGGUGGGUGUCGGCACCUAACCUACGGGGUCUUCUGGCCAGAGCGUGCGUGGGUCCUGGCUGCUGUGACUCAUCUGUAAAUAAACUCUGGUGACGCCUUGCUUGGAGGGUGUGGCCACCUGGAGCCGCUCCAUGCCCACCCCACCCGUUUCCCCUGCUGGGGAUCAGGAGGGUCUCUGGGUUUGCUCUCUGUGGCCUUUACCUCACAAACAGCAGAGGGUGACAGAGGCUGUGUAUGGGCUAGGUUGGUUCUGGCUACAACGUACAAAAUAUCA